CGCAGAGCGACUGGAGGAACCGGUGCCUCCUGUGCGGCCUCUGCGCCUGCGCACUGCGGGCUUCGGGCCCUCCGGGCCUGAGGGAGAGGAGCUGGGAAGAUGGCGGCUGUGGUGGAGAAUGUAGUGAAGCUCCUCGGGGAGCAGUACUACAAGGAUGCCAUGGAGCAGUGCCACAGCUACAAUGCCCGCCUCUGCGCUGAGCGCAGUGUGCGCCUCCCCUUCCUGGACUCCCAGACCGGAGUCGCCCAGAGCAACUGCUACAUCUGGAUGGAGAAGCGGCACCGGGGGCCAGGCUUAGCCUCAGGUCAGCUGUACUCGUACCCCGCCCGGCGCUGGCGGAAAAAGCGGCGAGCCCACCCCCCUGAGGAUCCCCGACUUUCUUUCCCAUCUAUCAAACCUGACGCGGAGCAGACCCUGAAGAAGGAGGGGCUCAUCCCUCAGGAUGGCAGCAGCCUGGAGGCCCUGCUGCGCACCGACCCCCUGGAGAAGCGAGGUGCCCCCGACCCCCGCGCUGAUGACGACAGUCUGGGAGAGUUCCCGGUGACCAACAGUCGCGCCCGGAAGCGGAUCCUGGAGCCAGAGGACUUCCUGGAUGACCUUGAUGACGAGGACUAUGAAGAGGACACUCCGAAGCGACGGGGCAAAGGCAAGUCCAAGAGUAAGGGUGUGGGCAGCGCCCGGAAGAAGCUGGAUGCGUCUGUCCUGGAGGACCGGGACAAGCCCUACGCCUGCGACAUUUGCGGCAAACGUUACAAGAACCGACCCGGCCUCAGUUAUCACUACGCCCAUUCCCACUUGGCUGAGGAGGAAGGUGAGGACAAGGAGGACUCGCAGCCUCCCACUCCUGUCUCCCAGAGGUGUGAGGAGCAGAAAGGUAAGCGGAACUGUUGGGGGGCGCUCGGCCUGCGCAGGGAAACACUACCUCGUUGGUACGUUGCGAAAACUCCUCUCUUCCUGUCUGCAGCAAAGAAGGGUCCCGACGGACUGGCCCUGCCCAACAACUACUGCGACUUCUGCCUGGGGGACUCCAAGAUCAACAAGAAGACGGGCCAGCCCGAGGAGCUGGUGUCCUGCUCUGACUGUGGCCGCUCAGGGCACCCGUCCUGCCUGCAGUUCACCCCCGUGAUGAUGGCGGCCGUGAAGACCUACCGCUGGCAGUGCAUCGAGUGCAAGUGCUGCAACAUCUGUGGCACCUCUGAGAAUGACGACCAGCUGCUCUUCUGUGAUGACUGUGACCGUGGCUACCACAUGUACUGCCUCACCCCGUCCAUGUCGGAGCCCCCUGAGGGAAGUUGGAGCUGCCACCUGUGUCUGGACCUGUUGAAGGAGAAAGCCUCCAUCUACCAGAACCAGCACGCUUCCUGAUGGGCCGCCCGGCCCCACCUGUCCAGGGCUGUCUCUCUUCCGCCCUCCUUGUCUACCCCCCUUCUUCCUCCUCCUCUUAUGUCCAGAGAACCUCAGGGUGGUGUGCCAGCCUGCCUUGGGCAGCAGCAGGCCGAGGGGCAGUGCUGCCCCCGGCACGGGUGUGGCCAGCUUCUCUGCUUGCCAUGAAGGGCAUUCACGUGGCUUGCCUUGGGCCUGGGUCCUGCUCUCCCCAGGGUGCAGCAGAAACCCCCAGGAAGGGGUAGGGAGCCACUGCCUCCUCUUGGCUUGGCUUCUUCCCUGGUCCCCAGGGUCUUCCAACCUCCCUGUGGCUGCUGGGCUGGGCUGGGUUGGGUAUCACCAGGGGCAACUGGGCACCUGCCCGCUGAGGCCUCAUUCCGAGGAGCUUGCCUCACCUCGCCGGGAUGUGCCCAGUCACCCUCCUGCCUGGGGCCCUUGGCUGCCUUCACCCCACGGGGGUGGCAGCUUCAUCCUGCGCACCCCUGGCUCGCUAAGGGGGUCUCUGGAGGAAGUCCCCAUCUUCUGCCUCCCCUCCUUAUUCCCUUUGGUUUUGUAGGGGACACGGGAUAUGCGGGGGCCAGGCCAGCAGUGUGGGGCCUCGGGGAAGCAUUGGAUCAUGUGCCUGUUUUUUAACUCGAAGAAAAAGCCUACCUCCAGAUCCCCUUUGUGUUGUGCCCUGCCCUGGGCGGUCGGCUGGGGCGCCGCCGGCCCUGCCUGCGUUGCCCACUCUGGUCCCCCUGCACGCUAGCAGCUGCUAAGGCCUUCACACCCUCCUUCCUCGCUUCUCUGCUUGUGGCACUUGCCCGUAAGGAGCAGGGAGGCCAGUCCAGGCCCAGCACCUGGAGCGGCCUUCCGCGGGGCUGUGGGCACACCCCAACUCACGGGCGCU